AAAUGGCGUCCUCCAGUCUGCAAGAAAAUCAAACUUUUCGGGACAGAGUCCACGAAAAUAAAGAGGUUGCAAAAACCACUGGUGAUAUUUAUAAAAAGAAGUACGCAACAUUGAAACGCAAGUGUGAGAGUAUCCAAUUGGACAAUGAAAAGUGUUUGAACAGACUGUAUUAUGUGAAGAAGGCAGUCCGGAAGAUGUCGAGAGAAAGGAGGUUCCUGAUGACUAAGCUGAAUAAAUACGGAGAUGACUUCAAGAAUGCAACUCUUCCAUUACCAAUAGAGGAUGACUCCAUGUUGCAUCUUAUGAGCGUCAGCAACCCCAUCGCACCCAAAUUCCCGGCCUCCCGUGGGCUGGCCGGCCUGGUGUCCAAAUCCAAGCGCAAGGCGUCCACGGGGAGACGUCCCGGCCGGCCCCGACUGAUCUCGGAGAUGACGUCGCGCGACGAUAUGCCGCGGUCGUCGGGACGCGGGGGUAAAAGGAAGAGGAUGGCCUCGCAGAGCAAGCAGGAGAAAGAAAAAGAUCCCCUAGCACCCAAGAAGCCAGCCAACGCCUUCCUGAUGUUCUGCCAGACCAAGCGACAAGAGGAGUCUUCAUCCAAGGACCAGGACGGAGCAGGAAGCGACGUGAGCCACCAGGAACUGACGCGCCAACUAGCCAAGGAAUGGAACUAUCUGGGUGCUGGCGAAAAAGAGACGUACUACACCAUGUACGAGCGGGACAAGGACCGAUACCACAAGGAAAUGAAAGAGUACAUCAAGUCCAACAACCUGGAGCCUCUCCCCACAACAAACCCCAUGCCACAACCCCCGACAGUCACUGUCACAGUCACGAGGACAGAACCAGUCUCAAAUGUCCAAUUCGUGUCCAGCGAGUUACCCGUGGUUGUCAAAAGCGAGCCCAAUCCGGACAUCCAACUACCCCCCUCGUCAGCUAGCGCACUGAGUGCAGUCACCACGCCAGUAAUCACCACCGUCUCGAAACCAGAAACUCUGAUGCCAAUUAAACAAGAAGCAAAAGUGGAAACUUUAAUGAGUCUUGAAUGCAGGACUCCAAAACUGAAGAGUUGUUUGCAGCCCAAGUCGCCAGUGGAAGGGGACGAUCCCUACCAUUUUGAUGACGACUGAAUGUACAGCAGUUGAUAUAAUUUUUUUUUUACGUCAAACGGCCAAUACUCUAGACCCCAAAACGUCUGAAAAUAUUAUGGAAAAUCAGAAAUGGCCAAGUUAGGGUCCACUCAUUGAUGGGUCUAAAAGUAUAAUGCGACUGUGCCAAUUUCAGACAUUCUGCUCCAAUGCCAGGGCGUCAGGUUGGAGCAUUUAUACAGUUAUAUUAAUAUAUACAUUUACAUUGCGCAGAGGUUCUUUCUUCACCUUUCACUACUGUGACCUGGGUUGGGUUUUCAGUCCCUACCUGAUUCCGUGGGUUUUCCCUAAAAUAUUCUUCUGGGGUUUUCCUGGGGUUUUUUUAAGUGAAAAGUUUCAUUGUCUUCUCUCUACAGGUUUCUUCAGGCUUGCGAGCUACAGUGCCUAGGGCACCUUUGAGGAAUCCUUGGUUUCAUUGUCAGAAAUAAAUCAUAACAAAAAUAAUAAUGUUAUUUUUCAGGCUCUUAGAGCUACUUGUAUUUCUUAUUUUUGAGAUCUCCAUUCUGAGUUUUUGUAAUUUCUUCAAUUAUUUUCCCCCAGUUGUCAUUGAUUGAGGUCAUUUAUCCAAACUAUUUAAUUUUCAGAACUCAGUUUUGUCAACAAAUUGGGCACUCCUUGAUUGCCUGAAAUUAUCCCAGUAGUGACAAAAUAUGUCAACUUAAUUUCAAACCAGAAAUAAACUUGGCUUAACUUUUAAGUCGCUUGGUCCGAAGAUAAACCCAAAAUCUUGUUCACAAAACAAAAAGACCAAAUGUCCUCUCAACUUCUUUUACUAUAGACUUCAAAUUUAUUAUUCAAUUGUCAAUAAUUACAUUACAGUUUUAACUUUUUUGUACAAAUUCUUUCGGGGACAACCUCCUUAAAGUCAUAAUUCUCUCUGGAAAAAUUAAAAACCAUGUAAUAAAUGUUGAUCUCAAGCAGCUGUUGAUUGCACUUUUUGCUGAUAUUAACUCAAGCAAUUCUUAUAAAUUUUUCCAAAAUUGUAUUUUGUUUAUGAAUUU